AUGGCCCGAACUAAGCAAACCGCGCGCAAGUCCACUGGAGGAAAGGCUCCAAGAAAGAAAAUAGUCAGUGCUCGAAGUUCAGUGGCCAUGCACGCAAUCAAGAGGCCGCAUCGCUACCGUCCGGGAACCGUCGCCCUCCGCGAAAUCCGUCGCUACCAAAAGUCGACGGAGCUCCUCAUCCGCAAGCUGCCGUUCCAGCGACUCGUCCGUGAGAUCGCCCAGGAUUUCAAGACCGACCUCCGCUUCCAGUCUUCAGCCGUUAUGGCCCUCCAGGAAGCCGCCGAGGCCUACUUGGUCGGACUGUUCGAGGACACCAACUUGUGCGCCAUCCAUGCCAAGCGAGUCACUAUCAUGCCAAAGGACGUCCAACUGGCAAGACGCAUCCGCGGAGAACGUGCUUAG